UCUAAGAUUUUAUUGAUGAAAAAAUGGCAUCAGCACAAGCACACCUUGACAAGGCGGAAAAUCGUAAAUUUUUUCAAAAUCUAUGGCGCACAGAUCUCAUGGGCACCCUUAAAGCCGAUCCACCAUUUUGGUGUUUUGCGCUGUGGUGUGGACCAUGUUCAUCGUAUGUGCUAAGGAAACGAGCUUUAUAUGGCGAUAUGACAAGGUAUAAGUGCUGCGCUGGUUAUAUGCCUUGCAGUGGUAAAUGUGGAGAAAGUCGUUGCCCUGAAUUUUGCCUUGUAACUGAGGUUUGUUGUUGCUUUGGAAAUUCAGUGAGCUCAACUCGCUUCCUGUUGCAAGAUGAAUUCAACAUCAGAACAACAAAAUGUGAUAAUUGCAUUAUCGGUUUCAUGAUAGUACUCGGACAACUUGCUUGCCUAUGUAGAAUCGCGGCUUGUCUUACUGGAGAUGAAGGACUUGAGGAUGCUGCUCAUAUUUUGACAUGUCUCUCUGACAUGGUCUACUAUUCGGUCUGUGCCUGUAUGCAGACACAACACAAAGUUGAAUUGGACAAAAGAGAUGGCAAGUUUGGUGAUCCUUCACCAAUGUCAAUACCACCCAUUCAGCAGAUGUCGCGGAUUGAUCAGCCUUAUGGGCCAACAGUUGGAUAUCCUCCGGCCUAUGGGGCACCUUACGGUCAACCACAACCUCCUCAUCAAGGUUAUCCAGCAUCAGCACCAGCUCAAGCUCCUGGCUUCCCACCGCCCUCAGCCUCAGGCUAUCCUCCUCCUGGUCCCGGAGCUUAUCCACCACCCUCGGCCUCAGCUUAUCCUCCUCCUGGUCCCGGACCUUAUCCACCACAACAACAACCUGGUUACUGGAGGUGAUGAUUUUGAAGAUUUGUUAAUGUCGUUUCACAUUAAUGAAGCGCGAAAUGAGUUGUUUCUAUGACCACAAAUUGAAUAGCAACCAUAUUUUUUUGCUUGUCCUGAGAUCUAUGUAGAUUUCUUUGUCUCAUGAAAAUAUAUAGUAGCCUUUUUGUGAUUAUUAACAG